CAAUCAAAUUUUAUUGUGUUUGACCGAUCAAUAUCCUCAUCAUCAUCAUCAUCAUCAUCUAUUAUAUUCAAAUUAUAUGGUCAACUAUUAGUGUUUGCUUGCUAAUUUAAAUAAUUAUCCAUCAUUCAAUCAAGAUAAAGAAAAAUACUGAAAAAUCCUGAAUUUUUAAUUCCGUAACAGGACUAGAUCACGUAUCCUGCUAUUCGUUAUUAUUUUUCAAUCAUUCAAUUGAUUUGAUUUGAUCACACACACACACAUCACGUCACAUCACAUCACAUAUGUGUGUUUAGCAAACUGUUGCUUGUUUCGUGUGAACACACACACAAAAAAAAUUCUUUCAAUCAUCACGAACCAUCAUCAUCUGCAUUAAGUAAUAUACAGCCAGUUUUGUUCAACAACAACAACAACAAAAAGACAAUAAACAAUUGUUUUCCUGAAAACCACAAAAAAAGAAAAGAAAAUUCCAUUCACAAUCAACAACGAAUACUACAACAAUACUCACGACCUUUUUUUUCUCAUUCGUUAAACAAAAUCAAAGAUCAAUCAGCAACAAUGAGCGUAUUGUCUGGAGUAGUUGGCUCCGGAUUAGAGCCAACAAAUGCAUAUCUAAGCAAUAGUUCAAAUUCUUCACCGGCUCGUACAUCACCUACAAAUUCAAUAUAUUCGAAUAUAGUCAAUAUGAAUCAUAAGAUUUCUGGCAUACCAUGUGUUGCUGCUGCAUCACGAUAUACAGCUCCGGUUCAUAUUGAUGUGGGCGGCUCAAUCUAUACAUCUUCACUGGAAACAUUGACCAAACAUCCGGAAAGUAGAUUAGCUCGUAUGUUUAAUGGUUCAAUACCGAUUGUAUUGGAUAGUCUUAAACAACAUUAUUUCAUUGAUCGUGAUGGCAAAAUGUUUCGUCAUAUAUUGAAUUUUCUACGUACAAAUACAUUGGUCAUUCCGGAAAAUUUCGAUGAACUUGAUCUUCUUUAUGAAGAGGUAAAAUUCUAUGAUAUACAACCAUUACUCAGACUGCUUGAACAAGUUCGAAUGAAUAAACGAGCUCAAGAUUUGCAUCAUAGUCGUUGUUGUUCACCCAAUGAAAAUGGAAUGAUAACUGAACGUUCGAAAAAUUGUGCUCAAAUUCUUUCAACCAAACGAAUUCGUCUCGAUGAUUAUGGAGAUUUGAUUGAUCAAACUAGAAUCAAUAGCAAUAAGAAAAAUAUUUCGAAAACAAAUUUUAAACUUUCUAGUUCUUGUAUUAAUAGCAAUACCUCUGAUAAUGCUGAUUCACCAAAAGAUUCUAAUCUGGAGAAUAAUGAAUGUAUUUAUCAAUGUUUAGCGGUUAAUAUAUCACCCGAACUAGGUGAAAGAGUCUGUAUAAGCGGUGAACGAACUUUGAUUGAAGAAGUCUUUCCUGAAAUUAGCCAAAAUAUUAUGGAUUCAAGUAAAGCAGCUGUAUGGAAUCAAGAUGCUAAACAUGUGAUCCGUUUUCCAUUGAAUGGUUAUUGUAAGCUGAAUUCAUUACAAACAAUUGUUCGUCUUUUGAAUUAUGGAUUCAAAGUGAUGGCUUCUAAUGGUGGUGGCGUCGAAGGACAACAAUUUUCUGAAUAUCUUAUGGUACGCAAAUGUCCAUCAUCUUGAAUAUUGUAUACAUAAUCAUCAAUCAUAUCAACUAACUAUAUGAAUAAUCAUAACAUUUUCUGUUAUCAUUAUAUAUCAUAUAUAGCACCGAUAAAUAAUAUAUAUCAUCUUCUACUUAA